AGAGAUGAUGCUGCCACAGAUCCGUAUUACCUCGCUAGCAGGUUGUAAGCUAACUGAAUAGAGGCAGCAAAGUGCGGGCAGAAGGUGAUGUCCCACCCUUUUUAACACAGGCUGAGCACUCCGUGGUUUUCAUCGACUCUUCACAGGCAGGUCUAACUUCCGAACUUUGGCGACAUGACGACGCGGUCGGAGAGAGAAAAAGCCCAGAAACUGAAUGAGCAGCAUCAGGCCAUUCUGUCCAAACUGCUGAGAGAAGAGGAUAACAAGUACUGUGCUGACUGUGAAGCUAAAGGGCCUCGGUGGGCGUCAUGGAACCUCGGGGUGUUCAUGUGUAUCCGCUGUGCCGGCAUCCACCGCAACCUGGGUGUCCACAUCUCCAGAGUCAAAUCUGUCAAUCUGGAUCAGUGGACACCUGAGCAGAUCCAGAGUAUGGUGGACAUGGGCAACACCAGGGCCAGACAGCUGUAUGAAGCCCACCUACCGGAGAACUUCAGGCGACCACAGACGGAUCAAGCAGUGGAAGUCUUUAUCCGGGACAAGUAUGAGAGGAAAAAGUACUACAACAAAGAGGCUUUGGCCACAGCUCAACAGAAGUCAUCUGAAGCGACUCCUCCCACCACCUCGCCGUCCUCGCAGACUGACAAGAGCAGACAGGAGAAGGAGCGUGAAAAGAAAAAGGAGGAGAAGAAGAAAGAGAAGGAUGGUGACAAAGUAGAGAGACACAACAACUCAAAGGCAGAGUACAGAGGCAGUCCUAAGAAAGGCACAGAGCCAGCCGUGGACCUGCUGGGUCUGGAUGCUCCAGAGGGGGGUGGGAAGGGCUCAGGGGGUGCUGCACCAAUUGGUGAUGAACUGGAUAUCUUUGGACCAAUGGUCUCCAACCCACUCCCCUCAUCCAACAACACACAGCAGGCUCAGUCCGGUUCCAGUAUAACCACUCCACAGGUGGACCCCUCCACCUCCUCCUCUUCUUCCUCCUCUACCUCCACCACUACCACAGCGAAAGCAGAGGAGAAGAAGCUUUUAUCUAAAGACUCGAUCCUGUCCCUGUACGCAAGCAGCUCAGUGGGCAGUCAGCCACAAAGCCAGCAACAGCCUGCUCCAGGACAAGGCAGUGUGUACAUGGGCCAGCCUCAGAUGCAGUUCACUCCGCAGGGCUACGCCACAGCAGUGGCUGGAAGUAUCCCACCCACCACCACCAUGAUGGGGGCUGGGGCCAUGGUGUCUGGCAUGGCACUGCCAAAUGGGGGCUACAUGAGCAUGCAGCAGGGUGCGAUGCCUGCCAACCAAGGACAGAACAUGUACAGCAUGCAGCAAGGACAGUGGAAUAUGGGCCAGAUGACCCAGCAGAUGUCAGGCAUGGCUCUGAGUGGUGGAGGGCCUGCGCCAGCUGCUUCCAGCCAAUCAGGCACCCCUGGGGCCGGUUGGCCCGCAGCUCCAUCGCCAGCUUCAGGCCAGACCCUCAGCACUCAGCUGUGGAAGUGACGAGGAUGGGGUCCAGAGGAUGAGGUGGUGGGGUGGGGAGUGGAGGGCAGCGACAUGGCAAGAAAACACCCAUAUUUUCCAACCAAUCCAUGUCCUUACAGCUCUGAUUAUAUACAGCAAGGACAGUCCGUGUGCCCCAACACACCUUCACCGCAGUUCCUUUAGAGGGCCAAGAUGACAUCACAAUGGAUUGGAGCAGUAAAAAACAAAACGAAAAAAAACCUGGCAACCGCUAUGUUGUGUCUAUAGUUGACUUCCUUUUCUUUUCUGAUUUCCUUUUUGUUGUUGUCGGAAAAAGACAAAGAAAACAAAAGAGAUGUAACAAAGCUGCUGGAGCAAAAACUCCAAGUGUCUGUAAUACUAAGAUGAUAUCAUUACCGAACUGGAUAGUUAGUGAGUAGUCUGUCAGUAUCUGCAGUAGAUAUGGCUGUCUUGUGGUUGGUCUAUGCUACCUGUCCUCUCCCUUCUCUCUGCACUGUAUAUUGUAAUGGUCCCUCUUCCUUCCGUCCCUGCUCCUUUAGGGCAAGCACAGCCUCGUAGCAGAUAAUCAUCCAAGCAGUACUGUAUUUAUGUGAAAAAAAAAUGUGAAUCUCCUGGGUUUUUUCAGGGGAGAGAGGUCAAUGCUUCAGCUCAGAAAAACUUUGGUUCAAGGUUUUUUUAGCCUCUGCUGAAAUGAGGUCUCGCUGACCUGCUAAUACAGUAGGUGUUACUUUUGUUUUUGCACUAAUGAUCAAACAGUUCAACCAUUUUCCCUUUGAAACGUGUGAAGUCAAGCUGUCUUGUUACAGUCUCUGCGGGUUCAGCUUAUUCCCACAGCAGACAGUGUACUGAUUACAUACACCGGUGGUUUUCAGUUGUGGGGAAACCACUUGCCCAAGGUUCAUAAUAAAUCUCUGUGUUUAUGGUAGACUUUUUUUUAAAAAUAAACAGUUAAAUAGCAUAAAUUG